AUGCGGUUCGGAAAGACUCUCAAGAAUACGGUGUACCCCCCUUGGAAGGGCAAGUAUAUCGACUACACCAAGCUCAAAACACUGCUGCGAGAACAUGAUGUCACAGGCGAUGAUGGUAGCGACUCCGAUGAAGGUCAAUGGACCGAACAGGACGAGGAAGCUUUUGUGCAGGAAUUGUUGAAUGUUCAAAUGGACAAGGUCAACACCUUCCAAUCGGAAACUUCACGGCAACUCCGUGAGCGAACCUCGGCAUGCGAGGCUAAACUGCGCCCGUUAGCUUCGACCCCAGAGCAAGAGGCCGUCGUCCUGGAGGAAAAAGAGAAACGAAACCUGGCUACAGAAGCCCUACAAGAGCUCGACAGUAUCACCAAGGAAGUCAGCGAGCUCGAAAAAUACAGUCGUAUCAAUUUCACUGGUUUCCUUAAGGCAGCCAAGAAGCACGAUCGCAAGCGCGGAACUCACUACCGGGUGAUGUCCCUGGUGCAGGUGCGCCUGUCUCAGCUGCCAUUCAACUCGGAGGACUACUCGCCAUUGGUUCAUCGCCUGUCCGUGAUGUACUCUUUUGUACGAGAGACUCUGACCCAGGACAUCGUGCAGCCACUGAAGGAGCCUGAGCGCGGCUUUGGGCACGAUGUCUAUUCAUCCUACAAGUUCUGGGUGCACGCAGAUAACGUGCUAGAGGUGAAGACCUAUAUUCUUCGUCGUCUCCCGGUUCUCAUCUACAACCCGGGCACGUCGAAGAAUGUCGAGACCCUUGACGACCCAACCAUCACCUCCCUCUAUUUUGAUAACCCUCGAUUCGACCUUUACAACCAGAAAGUUGCUCGUGCACCCGAGGCAGGGUCUCUACGGUUGCGCUGGACGGGUCAAUUGAAGGAUAAGCCAUCUAUCUUCUUGGAAAAGAAGACUGUGACCGAUUCUGACAGCAGUCGGGAAGUUAAGGUUCAAUUAAAGGAAAAGCAUAUCAAAGAAUUCCUGGACGACGAAUACCACUUGGAUAAGAAAGUUCACCGAAUGGAGGAUAUGAACAAUGGAGGCUCAGCCGAAGCAGAAUCCCUCAAAAAUGAUGUGGAGGAUUUGCAAUCUUUCAUCAAGGAAAACGACCUGCAGCCUAUGGUCCGAGCCAACUACACCCGUACGGCGUUCCAAAUCCCCGGCGAUGACCGUAUUCGUAUUUCAUUGGAUACAAAUCUUGCCAUGAUCCGAGAAGACUCUCUCGACGCCGACCGUCCCUGCAGGGAUCCUUCUGAAUGGCACCGCACUGACCUUGAUGACGGCACUGUGGCUUACCCAUUUGGUUCCGUUCGGACUGGCGAGAUUGUUCGUUUCCCACAUGCUCUACUUGAGAUCAAGCUUCGUGGGAAAGCCCAUGAGGCAGAAUGGAUCAAUGAUCUAAUGUCUUCUCAUCUUGUCAAAGAUGCACCGCGAUUUUCAAAGUUCGUUCACGGUAUUGCCCAGUUAUUUGAAGAUCAUGUUAACAACUUUCCGUUCUGGAUUGGUGAUAUGGAUAAUGACAUCCGUCGUGAUCCUGAAACGGCUUUCUAUGAGGAACAAGAGCGGCUAGCAAAGCGCGCGGAGGAGGACAUGGCAGUGGGCAGUUUCUUGGGAGGCGCAGGGAGCCCAGGUGGAAAUCUGCUCUCAGGAUCCCCCCUUGCCCGAUGGAAUGAGCCUACUUCCCGUUCCACACUACGUCGGCCUUCCGGCAUCAGUGAAGUGCCAGUAAAGCGUCGUCUCUCUCAUAUCGAACCCCAUCAGCGUCAGGUGCAGCCUCCCCAGAAAGCGAUCGAAGAGCCUGAAGAGCAAGAGCCGCAGUCUCGAUUCGCCUCAGUUAUCCAAUCAAUAGGUAUUUCGAAACCAUCUUGGAUGGGCAGAGAGACUGUUUCGUUACCACCUGGUGUGCGAGACCCUGGUGUCUGGAUCAAAGACACGGGCCCAGUCCGCGUGGAAAGCAAAGUGUGGCUAGCCAACCAGCGAACAUUCAUCAAAUGGCUGCAUAUCAGCAUUUUGCUGUCAAGUUUGUCUCUGGGUCUUUACAACGCGGCCGGUAAGCAUAAUCAAAUUGCCAAGGCCCUCGCUGCAGUGUACACCUUUUUCGCUCUAUUCUCCGCCGCUUGGGGUUGGUACAUGUAUGAGAAACGCUCCCGACUUAUUCGUCAACGAAGCGGCAAGGACUUGGACAACCUGUUCGGGCCUCUGCUUGUAUGCCUAGGUUUGGCCGUUGCUCUCGUUCUGAAUUUUGCUUUCAAGUACAAAGCUGUCCUUGAACAAGCUCGGGGAAAUAAUCCAUCCCCUGGAGUUCCUGUUCACAACAGCUCCUCUGCUGCUUUUGAAGCCUCAUGGAGUGUCAACAACCAGGCUCAGCAAGUUCUGUAA